UCUACUGAGCAAAAUGGAGUCAAAGAUAGUAAUCAACCACGGUAUCUGCCUCGAAAUGAUACCAGACAGCCAAGAAAUGAAAAGCCUCCUCGUUUUCAAAGAGACCCCCAAAAUUCAAAGUCAGUUUUAGAAGGCAGUGGAUUACCUAGAAACAGAGGUUCUGAAAGACCAAGUACUUCUUCAGGAUCCGAAGCAUGGGCUGAAGAGAGAAUCAAGUGUGAUAGACCCUAUUCUAGAUAUGACAGAACUAAAGAUGCUUCCUACCUUUUAAGCUCUCAGCACAAUGAUGGUGCUUUUAAAAAAAGGGAUAACUCUAUGCAAAGCAGAUCAGGAAAAGGUCCGUCCUAUGCAGAGGUAAAAGAAAACCCACUUCCUCAAGAAUCCAUUGACUAUAAUAAUCAAAAACGUGGGAAAAGAGAAAACCAAACAACAAAUCCUGAUCAUUUUUAUGACAGGAAACCACGAACAAUAAAUAACGAAAGUUUCAGUGGUGUAAAAAUUGAAAAACAUUUUAAUGUAAAUACUGAUUUCCAGAAUCCCGUCCGAACUAAUAGUUUCGUUGGUGUUCCAAAUGGAGAGACAGAAAUGCCACUGAAGGGCAGGCGAGUAGGACCUAUUAAGCCAGCAGGACCCAUCACAGCUACACCCUAUGAUGAUAAAGUAUUUUACAAUAGUGGGCCCAAAAGAAGAUCUGGGCCAAUUAAACCAGAAAAAGUACUAGAAUCAUCUAUUCCUAUGGAGUAUGCAAAAUUGUGGAAACCUGGAGAUGAAUGUUUUGCACUUUAUUGGGAAGACAACAAGUUCUACCGAGCAGAAGUUGAAGCUCUCCAUUCUUCUGGCAUGACAGCGGUUGUUAAAUUCAUUGAUUAUGGAAACUAUGAAGAGGUGCUACUAAGCAACAUGAGGCCCAUUCAGACAGAGGCAUGGAGGAAGAAGGCACCUAUGACCAAACGCUUGAGUUCCGCAGAGGAGGUGAUGGUCAGCCAAGAAGAUCCACUAGGCCCACACAGCAGUUUUACCAACCUCUCCGGGCGCGGAACUAAUAUGAGAAGAGUCUUUGUGAAGAAAGGAGCCACUGACUGAAACAUCCUGGUCAAAACCUGUUGAUAGACCGCCUACUUUCCCGUCAGAAUAAAUAAGGUGCAGCCAUGAUGGAUAUUAUUAUUGGAGAAUGGAACAACAGAUUUUAGAGGGAAAAAACCCCAGCCCACAUGGAGAAUGGGAAAAA